CUCACCUGAGCACUGAACACGAUGAAGGUCCUCCUGAUCUUAUCCGUGGUGGCGGCGGCUGCCAGUCAGUACUACGGAAGCGCAGGAGGAGGACACGUCUCCUUCGCUCCCGUUGUGAUCGGACCCGUGCAACCCGUGCAUCAUGUGGUGCAACAGCAACCUAGUGGUAUCAUUGGCAAUUCUGUGGUGGACUACAGCCAGGGCGGAAGCGACUACCACUUCUCCUGGCGCCACGACGGAGGCCGGAAGUACCAGUGGCAACACGCCAUUCAGUACUGCUCUUCCCUCGGCCACGGCUGGAAUGGCAUCAGUAUCGAGACUCACGAGGAAGAUGGAUUCGUGAGAAACAUCAUCACUGGAGACCGACUGGAAUACAUCUGGACAGGAGGUUAUCGCAGCGGCUACAACUUCGCUUGGCCAUCCAGAGCUCGGUUCGUCGGCCUGAACUGGUCUCACACCGGAGCCACUGGCCACCCGCAACCAGACAACCGCGAGGAGGGGGGCGAGAACUGCCUGGCUGUCCUCAACAACUUCUACGACGACGGCGUCAAGUGGCACGAUGUCGGGUGCCACCACGAGAAGCCCAUCAUCUGUGAACGCCAAGGACGCGUCUACGGGUAAACGAAGAGGAUCGAACACUUUCCUCUUUCGUUCGCGUCUAUCGGUGAAACGAAGAGGAUCGAACCCUUUCCUCUUUCGUUCCCUAAGGCUUAUUUUUAAAGAUUUGGAUGAGGUGGAUUACUGUGAAUAGAUGAUGAAAUGCCGAUGAAGAAAAUAGGACUCGACUUGCGCGUGUAAUUGGAAAGAGAAAAAAUAAAUAAGUCACAUAUCAUUACAAUAUGGAA